CACUGGAGGUGAAACUGGAAGAGAGCGGGACAGACAGAUUGUUUGAGAGUGAUAGACAGAGUGAGAGUGAGGAGGUGUGGUUUAAGAACACGUCAGGUGCUGUGAGAGACAGGUUUGAGAGUGAAAGGAUCCCACACAACAGGAAAGCAGAGAGCAUGAGCGCUCGGUGUUAGGAGGUUGAAAGCGACGCCAGUUAAGGGGCAGGACAGGAGGGUUGGAGGGAGAUGUGGACCUACUCCCAUGCUCGUGCUCCCGUCCUCGUGUUUCCGCCUGUCCGGCUGGGAUGAGCAGAUCCACUCUCUGAGGUAUGAUGGUUGUGAAGCAGAGGAAGCAGGGGAAGCAGUGGAGGUCGGUGUGUAAAGGUCUGGUUCUGGGAGCUCUCCUCACCAGCUGCAUGAUUCUGCUGUACUGCCUUUCGGCUCCUGAGGUGCAGUUCCGUCUGCCAGAAAUUCCUGUGCCUUAUUCAUGUGCCCACCAUCCAUCACUUGGCCAGUCCCCAGCUGCCUCCAGCAGCAUCCAUCGAGGCUUGAGACGUGAGCGUCCCUGUACACCAAAGGUGGACAUCAUGUUCAUGAAAACCCACAAAACGGCAAGCAGCACUAUCCUGAACAUCCUGUUCCGCUUUGGCGAAAAGCACCACCUCAAGUUCGCCUUCCCGAGCAGUCGCAACGACUUCUUCUACCCCUCACUCUUCUACCGCACGCAGGUGAAGGACUACGGGUCUGGGAUGUGCUUCAACAUCAUGUGCAAUCACAUGCGCUUCAAUGAAGCCGAAGUAGCGAAGGUGCUUCCAGCGGACACCACCUACAUCACCAUCCUGAGGGAUCCAGCAGAGCUCUUUGAGUCCUCCUUCCAUUACUUUGGCCGCUUAGUACCUUUUACCUGGAAAAUUUCUGGGGGUGAUAAGAUGGAAGAGUUCCUCAGUCAGCCUGAGCUUUAUUAUGACCCAGAGGGGUUCAAUUCCUUCUACCUCAAGAACUUGCUUUUCUUUGACUUUGGGCAGGAUAAUAAUUUACCGUUGGCUGACCCGAGAGUGGAAGAAGGCAUCCGUGCAAUUUCAAGACGCUUUCACUUGGUCAUGCUGGUGGAGCACUUUGAGGAAUCACUCAUCCUGUUGAAGGAUGCCCUCUGCUGGGACAUGGAUGACCUGCUGUUCUUCAAGCUCAACGUUCGAAAGGGGUCCACUGUCUCCAAGUUGACCCCCGAGCUCAGAACCAAAGCCUUGCAGUGGAACGCUAUUGACUGGAAGCUCUACCAGCACUUUAACACCACCUUCUGGAAGAAAGUGGAGGCGUACGGUCGAGAGCGCAUGGCAAACGACGUGGCCGAGCUGCGGCGCCGGAACUCACAAAUGGCCGCCAUCUGCAUCGAAGGCGGCCAUGCGGUGGACGCCGGGAGCAUCCAUGAGACUUCCAUGCAGCCAUGGCAACCUAUCGGGGAGAAAUCUAUUAUGGGAUACAAUCUGAAAAAAAAUGUAGACAAAGCACAUCAAAAACUGUGUAGGAAGAUGCUGACGCCAGAGCUGCAGUACCUGACAGACUUAGGAGUCAAUUUGUGGAUCACUAAACUGUGGGGUCAUGUGAGGGACAUCCUUGACUGGUAGAAAUGAAGAAUAGCGAGUCGACCUCUGACCUCUACCUAUACAUGUAAACAACAAAGAUGUUCACCUCUGACCUCAAACUGAAACCUCGUUCUGCAUUAGAGCGGGACGGUGCGUGGAUACAAAUGUGAAAGUCAUAUAACAGACUUGGUAUUCAUGGUCCUGCAGAUUUUAAUGUCAAUUUCAUUGCUCAACUUUCUUUUCAUUGAAGUCACGUCACUGCAGUGGAUAAAAUUUUUAAGUGGUGCUUGCGUCAAUCAUGGAAAAAACCAAACAAAUCAGUGACACCCUGUGUGGAGAGGUUUCUCUUUGCAUGCUGCCAAUGCCGUAUCAUUAAAGUCCUCUUAGUAAAGCUGACUGAAAUAUGAGGAGGCACGGGGAUAGUACAUGUUCCUGUUUUACUUGCCUUUUAAGCUAAUAUGACAAAUCCUGCUGACCAAAGAGCAAAGCUGCACUCUUUGUCCAGAAGGAUUCAAGAGCAUAACAAAUGUGAGAUUAAAAUUCUAUGAAUAAAAUAAAAACCUAACAUAAA